GACAAGCGCGAGUGCGAGCACAAAGACAAGCACACACCGCUGCUGCGAGAAGGGAACAGAAUCAAUGGGGAAAUCAGUGAAGAGAGAGAAGUCGGAUGACAUAGAAAUAAUCGCAAUCGGGAAGCUCUACACUGGUCCAUGGGACAAGAAGUAUUGGAGUUCUUCUAGGGGCAAGGACCGGUAUCCGUAUCCUGUUGGAUACAAAUCACUGAGAGCUCAAAAUGGGAUUACUUAUACAAUGGAAAUUCUGGAAGGUCUUAAAGGUCCAUCAUUUAUGAUUAGUUCUACUGAUGGCAAGUCAUGUUCUGGAGACACUCCAGACAUUGCAUGGGAGGGAUUUCAAAAGAAAAGCUGUUCAAAGUUGUGGCAUGGGAAGAGAUUUUCAUGUAGGAUAGAUGGAGUAGAGUUCUUUGGAUUCAAAAACACAUUUGUUCAGAGGUUACUGCGGGAAUUGGUGGCAAAUGUUGGUGGAACUGCUGAACAGAGUUCGCAACCUCAGAAUAUCUCAAUUGGAGCUGGUGAUCCCAUUGAUCAAUUGCAGUCAAGAGCAUCAACAUCAAGUCAUGAUUCAGAUCUUCUGAAAAUUUUGUCUACAUCACAUCUUACUGGAAAGAGGAGUAGAAGAGACAAAAAUUAUAGUAAACAGUCCAACAAGGCUCACUUACCACAUCUGCAAGAAAUAUGUACAAAGAACGCCAGUGCUUCAAAUUCCAAGCAAGUUUCUGGAAAUGAAGACCUAUCAGCUUCUGCUACUGUGUCUGAGUCUCAUAAUAUUUCAGCAGUAACCCAACAUGAAAACUCUGCAACUGGUAUUGAGGAUGAGAGACAUCAAUCAAUUGCAGAAAGAAGCAUGCUGGAGGAUUCUUUGUGCAUACCUAACUAUCUGAAGAAAGAAAUUUCCCUUUCUAAAGAAGACAGAGAACAUACUUGGUCUUUGAAUUAUUCUGAGUCCAAUGUUGAUAGCUUGCACCAAAUUCCAGAGCCUAGUGAUGGAUCAAGAGAUGCUCAAGGAUGCAUUGACUUGAUACCGCAUGAGAGAGUUGGACUAACUAAUGUUGAGCAGGACUUGAAAGCAGUCGAUGAUGCUGAUCUUUGUGCUCCUGACACCUUGGAUCAUGCUGAUGAUAGCAUUUUUGUUUCUCCUGAGAAUCAUGAUCAAAUGCAUUUGAUAGUGAAUAAUGCAGCUACAACUGAUGUUGCCAAGUCUGAAAUCCUGGUAGCUGGUUUAUCUCCAAUUGAUGAAACAAAUGAAUCUUCUUACAACUCAAGCUCAGAAAAGUAUGAUCCUGAUUCAGUUGGUCAAGAAAUAGCCAAAUCAAUGAUGACAGUUCUACUUCCUCGAGCAAUUCCUUUGCUUAAAACGUUUUCUAGGAGGAAAAAGAAAAAAUCAAAGCAACAAAAACCCCUAACUCAUGAAUCUAAGGAAGAAGAUAAAAUCCUUGACAUUACUAUGACUGAUGCAACCACUGUCGAAAAGCCGGCUGAGCAUUCAUAUUCAGGAAUGAAGAAUGAGAACAUGACAAUUCCUUGUGCUACAUCAGCUGUAUCUAUCUCUGGAAACGCAUAUUCUGUGGUUCCUGAUACUUUUGAUAGUGAUGAUCCUCAUGAUCUGCUUGCUCUUUCUGAUGCCUCCAAGGUCAAUCAAGUGUCCUGUAGUGUGAACCACCACACACUACUACAACCCCCAACAAAUGUUAAUGAAGGAGCAAACUUGCUGUUCUGUCAUACUGGAAUUAGGACACAAGACAAUGAGAUAUCUGACGUCAUGGCUGAGGAUUCAAAUUUUAAUGUUCUAGCUCCUGUAGAGAAAAUUUCCACUAACCCAAGGAUAUUUGUGGACAAUAUUUCUUCUAUCAAUUCAUCUUUAAUUGAGGGAACUUCAAGAACCAAAGGUGUAAUGGACAGAAGUUCCUCAGAUUUUUGUAUAUCUCAGAAAUGUAAAGUUGGUUUUGCUGAAUUGAAUCAAGACACAGAGCUAGGUGAAUGUGAUGAUUCAUCUUCAAUGAUACAAAUUCCAAAUGCAACUAAUUCCAACAGUAUGGUUGAUAACAAGAAGAAGGGUGAUUUGAGGUCAAAUGAUCAACAGGAAGUGACGCUUAAUCACUAUCCAAGCUGUAUUCCCAAGCUUUUUGCCUGCUAUAUCCACCCCAUGCCAAUUUCCAUGGUGCAGCUAAUUGUUAAAGACAAUGAAAUUUCUAUAUGUGUUAAAUGUGGAUACUCAGACCAAAAGGAGAGCAUUCUGUUUAUCUACCAAGCCAUAAGGUUUGGAGAAAAGAUGGGAUGCCCUUCACUAAGAGGUUAUAUGCCUAUAGCUUCGCAAAAUUCAGGAAAUGCCAUUGGUAGAGAUAUUGCUGUUGAGAGAUCUUUGAUACAGUUAACCCCUGAUGCACAAUCGAUUGUUCUAUUGAAUAACUUUAAAACACCGUAUUGUAGGGAGGGUAAAGUUCAUUGUCCAUGUCCAGCUUGCUCUUUAGACUGCUUCGAGAAGAAUGCAGUUAAAAUAGUGAAAUUAAAUAAUGGAUAUGCUUCACUUGUCACGAGACUGGAAACAACUCAAGCUGUUUGUUGUUUAUUAGUUUGCGAACCAAGCUUUCUUCUUGCUGCUGAGGAAGGUGGGAAACUGAGGUUGUGGGUCAUGAACUGUGAAUGGAGUGAACAGGUAGAAGAUUGUUCCUUGCCUACGAUUGACAGUUUGUUUCCGAGGAUUGUAGACCUGAAUACCAUUCCAAGCUCUGCCAGCAUGGUUGUUGGGCACAAUGGCUAUGGGGAAUUUGCUUUGUGGGAUAUCAAAAAGCGCAGCCUGGUAUCAAGAUUCUCUUCCCCAGGCAUCUCUGUUGUAGAGUGUAUUCCAGCCAGUAUGUUCAUAUGGCAAAGAAAAGCUGAAUGCAAGGAGGUCGUCAUUAACGAGAUUAUGAACGCCACAAAAACAUGGAAAUCAGAAAGGAAAGAAAACAAAAUCUUCUCGCCGGAGGCGAAAGAUGUAGCUAUCUGGCUUCUGAUCUCAACUGUCCCCGAUUCGGAUUUCCAACGCUACCAAACAUGCAAACAAGACACAUCAUGUUGGAGGCUUGCUCUGUUGAUCAACAACAAAGUAAUUCUCGGAAGUACUGUGGAGGGAAGUGCUGCUUCUAUCACAUGCCGAGGACAUGGAAUCAUUGCUGGAUGCGACGGAUCAAUUUACGAAUGGGAACUAACAACAGGAACGAAGUUAGAGAUCCUACGUUCAUUCAGAGAUUGCAAAGUAUCGUGCAUAGCCACGAGCGCUUCCAAUGCUUUGGCCAUAGCCACCGGGGAUCGAUUGAACGUUUAUCUGUCAUCUUGAAGAACUUCACUACUCACAGAUAGAAUUGUA